UCUUAUCUUGUACGAAGUUUUCAAACUUUUCUCUCACACCAUGUUUGGUUGGGUGUAAUGGAUUAGCCAUUACACCCAUAUUCCGUGGCCCCACUCAAUAGUCGUUUGGUUCGCUGUAUUGACUUAAGACGGGCCUAUUACGUUGCGGACGGAUUCGACAUUUUCUUUGCUUCAGCGCCGAUUUCUAAUCCCUUCCAAAAGCAAAGAUUAGCUAUUACUUCUCUGUUCUGAUUUUCUUUUUCAAUUUUUGCCCUCAGCUUCAUCUUCUGCUUCUGUAACUUUCUUUCCAACCAUCUCUACGUUUCCCUUUUUUUCCAUUGAUUGCAGAGGAGACCUAGAUAUUUAAGGCAAUUUUUAUUUUUUCCUCAUUCUCCUUCUUCCGUUCUUCAUCUUCUUCUCCUUCUUCAUCCAGAUCUUUAUGCAGUGCACAAAUCACUGGCGAAGUACUUUUUGGAUGAAAUGUAUAGUGGAAAUUCAUUGCGGAGGACCACAACACUUGGUAGUGAGAAAGAACGAGAGCGAGUGUAUGAUACUAUCUUCCGCUUGCCAUGUAGAUGUGAAGUGCUUAUAGAUGUUGGAUUCUUUGUCUGCUUUGAUGUGUUUCUAUCCUUGUUAACUAUCAUGCUAACAAGGAUUCUGAUUAAGCUUUGGAGGUUCCUGACUGCAAGGCAAUUCAAGAGGCUUUCUGCAGCAGAGCUGUGUGAUUUUGGCUGCUUUCUUGUUCUAGCAUGUGGAGUCAUUCUCCUGAGCCAAACAGAUAUCAGUCUAAUAUAUCACAUGGUUCGUGGUCAAGGAACAAUUAAACUCUAUAUGAUCUACAAUGUGUUGGAGUGUUUCUUGCUGCAACUUAUAAGUUCAGGACAAGCUGAAAAAUCAACGAGCUUCAGCUCUUCCAUGAUGAGAAUUUUUCAGCAUGGUCUUUUGCGUCAGAGAGAUAAAGAAGCUCCAAGAUUAACUGAGAGUGGUUUCCAAUUCUUGUUGAUGGAUACAAAUGCUCAGCUUUGGUAUAUUAUCAGAGAGUAUAUCUCCAAUUCAGAGGUAUAUUUGAUGAGAUAAUUGUUGUGUUCUUCUUGGAACUUGUUUGUUAGAGCUAUUGUGUUUUACUGUUGUUAAGUUCUUGAAGGGGAAAUUGGCAUGAAUUUAUUGUAAAUUUUUAUUUGUUAUUGGUUUAUUAGUAUAUAUUAUCCUCUUAAAUGUGAAUGUACCCAAGGGGGUGUGACUGUGCGCAUGCACUAAAGUAAUAGCUUGUGUAUUCUUGUGUGCUUGAGCAUUAGUAGCUACUUUUAGUUCAAGGGAAAAAGGUGUCAUUUCCUAUAUGGGACUUUUGGUUGUAUAAGUGUUUGUGGAUUGAUGGAUCCAUAUACUGAUAAGCUUAAUGAAGGAAAAAUAGAAAUUGACUCCUUA